GUUAAGCAGCUCCAUUCUGACUGAGCACCUGUGCAGUUCAUAGUUAAAGUCCCGGUAAAACGUUGGAGGCAGACACAACACAGGCAGAGUUACUGAGGUUCCAACCUUCACUCUGAAUAUCAUGCAUUUACAUCUUUUCCGACAUAAACGCUCAGUGAAGAUAGUACUUUCCAGUUUUCUAUGUUUGUCCUUCAUCAUACACUUCUACUUCAACAACACACUAACAUCAAAAUCCCCACACUUCCCCUGGGCAGAUGGGAAACUCAGAGGAUUAAUUACAAAUUCCUCUGUUUCCAAGUGUCCUCUUGGAUUUUACAGCAAGCAGGAGCUCCGGCCUCCCCUUCAGAGGCCCUUCCAAGAUCGCAUGGGACCGGGAGCAGAAGGGAAGCCUUUCGUGUGGCGCCAUAUGACUGCAGAGGAACAGAAAGAGGAAUCAAGUGGUUAUAAGAAAAACCAGUUUAACCAGUUUGCCAGUGAUCACAUCUCUCUGCACCGGAAUCUUGGAAAAGACACACGUCCUCUGGACUGCUUGAAGCAGAAGUUUUUGAGAUGUCCCGGCCUUCCAACCACCAGUGUGAUUAUAGUAUUUCACAACGAGGCCUGGUCCACCCUGCUAAGGACCGUCUACAGUGUCCUGCACACAGCCCCUGCUGCUCUGCUCACUGAGAUCUUACUGGUAGAUGAUGCCAGCACAGAUGAUCACUUAAAAGCUCCUUUGGAUGAGUAUGUGCAAUGGUUGCCUAAAGUGCGCGUUCUACGUCAAAAGGAGAGAAAAGGCCUGAUUACAGCCAGGCUGAUGGGGGCUGAGGCUGCAGGUGGAGAGGUACUCACUUUCCUAGAUUCCCACUGCGAAUGUUUCCCUGGCUGGCUGGAGCCUCUUCUGGCUCGAAUUGCUGAAGAGCCCAAAGCAGUAGUGAGCCCAAGAAUCACCAAUAUAGACUAUCGAAGCCUAGGGUUUCACAAACCAGUCCCUGAACCGCAAAAUUACAGCAGAGGAACUUUUGAUUGGAGUCUGAAGUUUGGAUGGGAGCGUGUUCCAGAAGAGGAGAAGAAACGCAGAAAGAAUGAGACGUCCCCAAUAAGAACUCCUACCUUUGCUGGAGGCCUUUUCUCUGUUUUGAAAUCCUACUUUGAGCACAUUGGAACCUAUGAUGACCAGAUGGAGUUCUGGGGAGGGGAGAAUCUAGAAAUGUCCUUCAGGGUUUGGCAGUGUGGAGGCCUCUUAGAGAUCAUUCCUUGUUCUGUUGUCGGUCACAUUUUCCGCAAGAAGAGCCCCCACAGUUUUCCAAAUGGCAGUGCUACUGUCCAACGCAACCUGGUUCGUCUGGCUGAGGUUUGGAUGGAUGACUAUAGAUGGGUCUUCUAUCGUGCAAACAGAAAAGCUGCAUUCAUUUUUCGGACGAAUUCCUACGGGGAUGUUUCUGAACGGCGUAAACUAAGAGAAAAGCUGAAUUGCACGAGUUUUUCUUGGUAUUUAAACAAUAUACAUCCAUCGGCAUACGUCCCUGACAUCAGGCCCAUCGUUUAUGGACAGCUAAACAACACUGGAGGUAGCUGCCGACUGGAUGUGGAAAAGAGUAAAAAGCACUGGGAAGCAGGGCAAAUCUUCAAAUGUAACAACCAAGGUGAAGCACAGUAUUUUGAGUAUACCUCCAAGAAAGAGAUUCGACUCAGUGCUGGAAAUAAAUUGUGCUUACAUGCAGACCCUAAAAAUGCUUUAGUUUUUCUUGAGUGGUGCAAUAUGAAGGGAAAGGCAGCAGAAGAACAAGUGUGGAUCUUCACAAAGGCAAACCAAAUGAAGAACCCUUUGUCAGGCAUGUGUUUGUCAGUCGCAGGUGGAAAUGUGAUGCUGUCAAAGUGCAAAUCCGCCUCAGAGAAACAGGGCUGGGUAUUCAUCCGAGCGGAGUAAGAGGCUUCGAGUAUAUGGUCUGCUUCUGCUACAGUCACAUGCUCUUAUGCUCGUUAAACAUGCCAUGUUUCUUAAAAGGAGGUUUAGCAAUACAUGGAUAAGGGAGAUGAAAAAGAAUCCAGAAUCCUUUGUACAAAGAAUCCUCUGUACUGUGGGAAAUAGGCUUUUAAUGCUUUUACUUUCUCAUUUUAUUUAACAGUCUUGUCUGGGGUAUCAUAUACCCAUACAGAGUAAAAUAAAAUAAAAAAAAUUAAUUUUAUAUUAAAUACUAAAGAAGUUUUAAAUUAUUUAAUCAUAAAUUUGCUCUUUCUAUACUUUUGAGCUGAAAAACUCAUUGAUAUAAAAUGUAACGGCAAACGAAACAUUUUGAUAUCUAUAGUUUAUACGUGCAAUAAACGGCUCUAUUCUUUGCAUAAACACUGUUGCGAUUUAGGUUUUGAAUGUUUAUGCUCUGCCAUUGUGAUUUUCAGCUUUAAAUGUUUUUUUUUUGCAUUUUUAAAGCACUACUGGUUCAUUUUUUGGACAGUAGGCAAGGGGAUGAGAAAGGGGGAGAGACAUGCGACGAAGGACCACAGGUUGGUCUCAAACCCGGGUCGGCAACGUUGAGGACUAAGGCCUUCAUACGUGGGUUGUGUGCACUAACCGCUGCGCCACCAAAGCAUGCUCAAUCAGCUUUAAAAGUUGAUAUAUCACUGUGAUGUAGUUAGUUACACCCUUACAAUUUUCACAAGCCUUGUGGCUGAAUCCUACACUGCCUUCAGCUUAAACUUGAGGGAGUGUUUUGCACUAUAUGAUGCUACGAGUCUUUUCUCCUAAUUAUGGAGUUGUAUGAAAAAUAUUUAAUACAUACCAUGAACAAACAAAAAAACAAUUUUAACUUAUUUGAAUUGUACAUAUAGUAUAAAGAUAAAACCACUUAAAACAUUUGUUUUGUUUACUUUUCAAUGUGUUUUGUGUAGGUUUUUGUAUGUAAAGUAAAUCAAAGAAUUGAAUAUAAAAAAAUUUGCUCAUGGUGAAAGUGUAUAUA